CCACCAUGAACAACGAAGAUGACAUAUACAAGGUUUGGGAAAUCCAAGCUAUGCAGGCGAGGCCAGGUGCAGACCAAGCUCAGAAGAUGUUAGAGAGAAUUGCCAAACAGGUUCAGCCUAUUAUGCGUAAACACAAUUGGAGCGUCAAGCUUCUCUCGGAGUUCUGCACAAGGGAUGCAUAUUAUCUUGGGUUUAAUUAUGGAGGUGGAAGACAGUGUAAUCUCAUUCAGUUGGCGCUACGGACAAGUUCAGAACGGGAUUCUAACUUUUUACCAUAUGAUGAAGUUUUAGAUACCAUGCUUCACGAGCUUUGUCAUAACGAACAUUAUUCUCAUAAUACAAACUUCUACAAGCUAUGGGAUCAACUUAGAAAGGAAUGUGCUGAAUUGAUGGCUAAUCAGAUAACUGGCUUUGGCUUUGAUCUCCCAGGAAGGCGCCUGGGUGGUUAUUCUACUCAACCUCCUCCACGUAAAACUGCACUUUCUGCUGCAGAUAAGAGACCGUGGUUGGGAUAUCGUAUUGGUGGUGAUAGUCUUAUAAUGAAGACACUUACUCCAGGGCAAGCUGCUGCGCUGGCCGCAGAAAGGAGAUUACAGGAUGACUUAUGGUGUCGUUCUCAAUCUUCAUAUCACGAAGCUGAAAACCAUAUAAAAAAGAAGAUAAUUGUUGGAAGCUCAAAACCAUCUGACAAUUCUACUCUAGCUUUGGAUCCGACAUCUCGAAAAAGAAGUUGGGACAAGGAUUCAAGUUUAUCACUUUAUUCAUCUAGUAACCCUAAAUUUGUUGAUUUGACAAUGGAUACACCAAGUUCGUCUAGGUCGCUAUCUAACAAUAAUAGAAGACUUCAUUCCGAAGAAACUGCAAUGUGGCAGUGUCUGACGUGCACUCUGUUAAACAAAUCAUUAGCCCCUAUAUGUGAAUUGUGUGGAACACAACAGCCAAAAGUUGUUACUACCAAACACUACACUUGGUCUUGUAAAUUCUGUACGAUGGGAAAUAGUGCAAAGUUGGAGAGAUGCUCAGCGUGUGACGAGUGGAGAUACUCUAAUGGCCCCAGCCUUGGCCCUUGA